UCCAAAAUCCUCUCUAAAAGCACCGUGUAUACAUCUAUAUAUAUACAUAAAGCCCUAACAUCUUCAUAUUCCUCUACCCCCGCCACUGAUCUCCGCUUUUCUUCCCCUCUUUCUACUUCCACAGUUCACACACCUCACGAUUUCAAGAUGCCGUUUAAGAGAUACGUGGAGAUCGGGAGGGUAGCUCUCGUCAACUACGGUAAAGACUACGGGAAGCUCGUGGUCAUCGUCGAUGUCAUCGACCAGAAUCGAGCUCUAGUCGAUGCUCCGGAUAUGGUCCGAAGCCAAAUGAAUUUCAAGAGGCUCUCACUCACAGACAUUAAGAUUGAAAUUAACAGAGUCCCCAAAAAGAAGAAUUUGAUUGAGGCAAUGGAGAAGGCUGAUGUUAAGAACAAGUGGGAGAAUAGCUCAUGGGGCAGAAAGCUUAUUGUCCAGAAGAGAAGGGCAGCUCUGAAUGACUUUGAUAGGUUCAAGUUGAUGUUGGCUAAGAUCAAGAGGGGUGGAUUGAUCAGGCAAGAGCUUGCCAAGCUGAAGAAAGAGAAUCCGGCCUAAAAGUUCUCAAUUCAAGUUGUCAAUUUUGUUAUCAAUAUUUCUCAAGUUAUUUUGGAAUGUUAUCCAUUUGGUUUCCUAUUCACUUAAGAGAUUGAUUACAGUUUAAGGGAACUUUCUAUGUAUGACCUUUUUGUAGUGAGUUUUAUUGUUCAACUUUUACUUUGACAGUA